GAAGCUUUGGCGGAGAUGGCGUCGGCUGCGAGGCUGCUGCUGGCGCUGCUCGCGGCGGCGGCGGCGGCGGCGGUCGGGCCUUGCGCUGGCGCCGGGCGCGUCGACCUGUGGCCGAUGCCGGCGUCGGUGGCCCGCGGGGCGCAGACGCUCCUUGUCAGCAGGGACCUCAAGCUGUCCACGGCCGGGAGCAACUACUCCGACGGGAGGGGCAUCCUCAGGGAGGCGUUCCAGCGGAUGGUCGCCGUCGUGGAGCUCGAUCAUGCCAUCAACGGGAGCUACGACGGCCGGGGAUCGCCUGUGCUCGCCGGCGUCCGCGUCGUCGUUCGCUCGCCCAACGACGAGCUCAACUUCGGGGUGGACGAAUCGUACAUGCUGUCCGUGCCUGCGACCGGGAACCCGCUGUACGCGCAGAUCGAGGCUCAAACGGUUUUCGGAGCACUUCACGCCUUGGAGACAUUUAGCCAAUUAUGCAACUUUGAUUUCAAUGCAAGGCUGAUUGAACUUCAUUCAGCUCCUUGGACUAUCAUGGACAUGCCGAGGUUUCAUUACCGAGGGCUUCUGAUUGAUACUUCAAGGCAUUAUCUUCCUGUCCCAGUGAUAAAAAGUGUAAUUGAUUCAAUGACCUUCAGUAAACUGAACGUUCUUCAUUGGCAUAUCGUGGAUGAGCAAUCAUUUCCCCUUCAAAUACCUUCGUACCCAAAAUUAUGGAAUGGUGCAUACUCUUAUUCAGAGAGAUAUACAUUUGAUGAUGCUAUCGACAUUGUACAGUAUGCUGAAAAACGAGGUGUGAAUGUCUUGGCUGAGAUUGAUGUACCUGGUCAUGCUCUCUCAUGGGGUGUCGGAUAUCCAUCAUUGUGGCCAUCAGCUAUAUGUAAAGAACCGCUUGAUGUCAGCAACGACUUCACAUUCCAAGUGAUUAACGGAAUUCUUUCAGAUUUCAGCAAGAUUUUUAAGUUCAAGUUUGUCCAUUUAGGAGGAGAUGAAGUAAAUACAAGUUGCUGGACUACCACACCACGCAUUAAAUCAUGGUUGAUUCAGCAUGGCAUGAAUGAAUCUGAUGCCUACAGAUAUUUUGUACUGAGAACUCAAAAGAUAGCCAUAUCACAUGGUUAUGACAUUAUUAACUGGGAAGAGACAUUUAACAACUUUGGAGACAAGUUGGAUCGUAAAACUGUGGUGCAUAACUGGCUUGGAAGUGGAGUUGCAGAGAAAGUGGUUACUGCUGGUCUGAGAUGCAUUGUAAGCAACCAGGAUAAGUGGUACCUAGAUCACCUGGAUGCUACAUGGGAAGGAUUUUACAUGAAUGAACCAUUGACAAAUAUCCACAACCCGGAACAGCAGAGAUUGGUUCUUGGUGGUGAGGUAUGCAUGUGGGGUGAACACAUAGAUGCAUCAGACAUUCAGCAAACCAUUUGGCCACGUGCUGCAGCAGCUGCAGAGCGGCUGUGGACACCCAUUGAGAAGCUUGCGAAGGACGCGGGAUCAGUCGCUGCAAGAUUGGCACGCUUCAGGUGCUUGCUGAAUCAGAGAGGGGUUGCUGCUGCACCGCUAGCUGGUUAUGGUCGUUCAGCGCCGUCGGAACCUGGUUCCUGUCUAAGGCAGUAGAUAUUCAUACCAGGUCCAUAUCAGGGGGGUGCUUGGAUCCAGAGAUUAAUUUUUAGUUCGGGUCAAAUCAGAUGUUUGGAUGUCAAAUAGGAGGAUUAAACAUGAGCUAACUAUAAAACUAAUUAUAUAAGUUGGUGCUAAUUCACGAGACGAAUCUAUUAACCUCUAAUUAAUCCAUCAUUAUCACAUGUUUACUGUAGCACAACAUGGUCAAAUCAGUUCUGGAUUCGUCUCGCGAAUUAGCCUCCAUUUAUGUAAUUUAUUUUGUAAUUAGCUUAUAUUUAAUACUGCUACUUGGUGUCCAAACAUCCGAUAUGACGGGACUAAAAUUUAGUCCGUGAAAAACAAACACCCUCUUAUUCAUGGAGGAUUCAUAGAGGAGGAAAAUAAACAUCAUUUCAGGCA